UUCAGUGGUAGAAAGUGAAACAAGUAGGUCAUCUUACAUCUCAAAACCAAAUUACUUUUAAAACUUUGAGUCUAACGUCCAACUUAGUAUUAAAUAUAACAGUUUGACAAAUGGCUGAGAAUUGAAACUUUUUUUAGUUGAAUGCAUUGCAUGUGUAGUUAAAAGACUUGAUUUUAAGAUAGACUUGAAUAAAAAGACAGUGAUCGUGAGAAAAGUGUUCUUUCUUCGUGUGCAUCAGUCUCACCUCCUCCCCUUUAUCAGAUCUCCUGGUUUCCUCUAAAUACAGAUAGAAUCUAAGAAAGCCAUGAGAGGAUGUUCGAUGAUCUGUCACGUCACUUAUAAAGCAGCGUAUAUCUGUCGCAGUACCAGAGAAAACAUUAAAUACGAUGGGUGUGAUUUUUGUCUCUCUUUUCUCUCUGCUUUCGUGCGUCAUAAUGAAAAUCUCACCCCUGCAUCUUAUUGAACUCCCUCCGAUGGAAUGUUUUCAAGAGGGAGUAAAAUGCAAGGUUGAAGUAGGUAACUUUUCAGAUGAGGGUUGGGUGGUGCCAAGGUACAAUGCCCCAAGGUUUGCUGAUGUAACUGCAGCCAAGGUAGCAGCCAAGAAGGAUGACAGUGGACAGUUUGCACCAGUCCUAUACAUUAUAUGGAGGCAGUUACCAGAUGGGAAUAUAUUCACUCUCAAAGGGACUGAAGUGCUUGUGGUUGAAAUGUCGACAAAUCACAGCAUUUGUGUUCGUUACAUUUUCCUUAACACACUAUCAUCUCCACAAAAAACAGGACUGGGCAGGUGGACAUUUUCUUUGGACAGAAUUGUGCUCAUCCCUGACUUUAAAUACCAGGUUUUUGUAACUAAUUUACCAAAGCCAGACACAGGGAGCUAUACAAAAAUAAUCGACAUCAUAGUUCCAGAGCGCAUUUGGGAUACGAAGGUAGAAUGGUCAGUGCGAAAGGAUAAAGAAAAUGGUGACCUGGUGAUAACUAUAGAAUUUCAACCAGAAGAGUUCUCUGACCAAUACAAAGUCUCCAUCUGCAGUCCUGACCUUCAACCAGAACCGUUUCACAUUGUCAUAAAGGAUAAUGAGCCAUUUCUGAAGGUUAAUUUCACGCUGGAAGCAUAUCGGAUAAAUCACUGCAAUUUGGAAUUGGUGAUUCAGCCACUGUCUGUUCAAAGCAUGAAUAACUGUCUGGAAUACAGAAGGAAAUUUGAUAUCUGUCCCUUUCUUCCAGGUGCUCCUGUUGUUUUUAUCAUUUUGGUGACACUGGGGCUGUUGUUGGCUUCAUUGACAGCUGCUGUUUGCAUUUUUGUUUUUAUUGUAUUUUUGAAGAACAAGGAUUCACAUAAAGAAACGGCCUCCUCAGACAGCUCAACAUGUGCAAAGGGUAAACUAGAGUGGAAUCCCAUUCACGAGCAUAAAAGGGUCAUCAUCAUCUACUCUCUGGACCACCCCCUGUACAAAGAAAUCAUCUUGAAGUUAUGUGCCUUCAUGAGGGCUAAAUGUGGCACAGACGUCACUCUAGAUCUCCUGGACUCUGCCUGGCUCAGCACAAUCGGCAGACUUCAGUGGCUGGAUAUGCAAAGGGAACGAAUCUCCAAAUCCUCAGAUAAAGUCCUGAUCUUGUGCUCUCCAGGCGUACAUGCCAAGUGGAAGGCCAUGUGCGGUGAGCACAAAGUUAGACUGAAGGAGGAUGAACGUUCACCCAUAGGAGACAUGCUCACGCCGGCUCUGAGCCUCAUUAUACCGGAUUUUGUUCAUGCUUCAUCUUUCCACAAGUACAUGGUGGCUUAUUUUGAAGAUGUGUGCAGUGAGGAUGAUGUUCCAGCACCGUUCAACAUCGUGGUGAAGUACAAACUCAUGAAGCACUUUGAAGAACUUUACUUCCGAAUACUAGACAUGGAAAAACAUGAGCCGGGACGGAUUAAGUGCAUUGAUGGCAUUAGAGAGAAUGAUUACUUCAACUGUCCAUCAGGACGAGGACUUCGGGAUGCUAUUGAAGCUUUUAAAAAUUACCAGCUGAAGAAUCCAAACUGGUUUGAAAUGGAGCUUUUGGACACUGAUGAUGAAGAAGAAGAAACCAUCUUGGAAUCAACGUUUCCUGGAGACAUUAACUAUAGCUCUGUGACUGAAUGCUAUCAGCUGUUUGAAGAGCAUAAAGCUCAUACAUUUGUCAAUAUGAUUAAGUAUCAGAAUAAUGAACAUGUUUCAAAGUCUUCCAUCGCAGAGACAGCCAUAAUACUGAGCGAGAAUUCUUCAGUUCUUACCACAGAUGUGCAUUACAGUGGCUCAGUACAGAGUAGCAUUACAGCUAUUGAUGUAAAAGGGUUACCAGCAACUAAACCUGUGGCACAACAUGCUUUAUGCUUACAGGCUCUGUGAAAAUGUCUGAUUUAAGCUUGACAUCAUCAGUCUACUGUAGCUUUUACACUUCUAUUCUGUUAUAUAUUAUAAUUUCCUUUCUUUUUUAUAUUUUUGUUAAUCUUUGUUUAUAUAUAUAUAUACUGUAGUUAUAAGUUCAUUUGAUUGUACACAAUCAUGUUAAUUUGUUUACUAAAGUAAAAAAAAAAAAAAGUCAUCUUAUAAACACAAAAA